AUGAAGAUUUUUUAUUGGAUGCAAAACAGGAUCAAUGGGAGCAAUGGUAAACAGAAACAUACUAACUCGGUUUCUGCUACCCAUUACAUGAGGCAUGAACCUUGCAAGCAAGAGUUCAGUGACUGGCCCCAAGCACUCCUUGCAAUUGGAACGUUUGGGAGCAACAUGAGAGAAGAUUCGAGUGGAAGGGGUAACAACACCGCAGAGGAUUCAUCUUCCUUCAAGGAUAGCACACAAGAGAUCACGUUUGAAGAGGUUGCAAAUCUUCAGAAUGAGUUCAGCAUAUUCUUUAAGGGGAGGGUGGAACCAAAUUUGGGAGGUGAACAAGAAGAACACACCAAUGAUCUGACCUUGGAAUGUUUGAAAAGUGAGCAUUCAAGGCUGGAUUCUGAAGGUAAAGAAAAUGAGUCUCUUUCUGAUGGCUCCAAUGCCAACGUUGGGAAUUUCUACCCAAGCAAGAGUGUAAUAUUCAGCAGAGGAAAAGAUUGUAGUUUGGAUCAUAGCAGUAAGAGAGGUGUUGGCAAGAAAUCACUCUCUUUUCUUCUCAAGAAGAUGCUUGCUUGCAAAAGUGGUUUUCAACCUACCCCUUUGUUCAGAGAUCCAGUUUGCACUGAGUCCAGAAUGGAGAAGAUUCUGAGGGCAAUACUUAACAAAAAGAUAUAUCCCCAAGGUUCAUGUUCAAAUACACCGUUCGUAAAGAAGUACCUUGAAGCCACACCAAUGUCUCAGUUUGAAGAUGAUAAAGAUUAUGAUGAUGAUAACGAAGAACUAGCUACUGUUGCAGAGAAUGGAAGUAAAUGGGUCAAGACUGAUUCUGAAUAUAUUGUUCUUGAGAUAUGA